UUGCACUAGAGACACUUAGUGCAACCAAGCUGAGCCGCACUGUUCAAACAGACUCCCCAGCCUCUAGACACCUGUGCUGAGGAGGGCGAGGCAGCCAGGAGGCUGGGCGCAGGUCCCUGAGCACGGAAUCCUCGCCUGCCUCCCAUCUCUCCUCCUCUGACCAGCCCCAGCACCCUGGGCAGAGUCCCGGCCACGCCAUGCCCCGAGCUGGGCUCUGUAGCUGCUGGGGUGGCCGUGUGCUGCCCCUGCUGCUGGCCUAUGUCUGCUACCUGCUGCUGGGCGCCAGCAUCUUCCAGCUCCUGGAGAAGCAGGCAGAGGCACAGUCCAGGGACCAGUUCCAGCUGGAGAAACUUCGCUUCCUGGAGAACUACACCUGCCUGGACCAGUGGGCCCUGGAGCAGUUUGUGCAGGUCAUCCUGGAAGCCUGGGUGAAGGGCGUGAACCCCAAAGGCAAUUCCACCAACCCCAGCAACUGGGACUUCGGCAGCAGUUUCUUCUUCGCAGGCACGGUCGUCACCACCAUAGGAUACGGGAAUCUGGCACCCAGCACGGAGGCAGGCCAAGUCUUCUGUGUCUUCUAUGCCCUGGUGGGCAUCCCACUCAACGUGGUCUUCCUCAACCACCUGGGCACAGGGCUACGUGCCCACCUGGUCACCCUUGAGAGAUGGGAGGACCAGCCCAGGCGCUCCCAGCUACUGCAGAUCCUGGGCCUGGCUCUGUUCAUGGCCCUGGGGACGCUGGUGGUUCUCAUCUUCCCACCUAUGGUCUUCAGCCAUGUGGAGGGCUGGAGCAUCAGCGAGGGCUUCUACUUUGCCUUCAUCACUCUCAGCACCAUUGGCUUCGGGGACUACGUUGUCGGCACAGACCCCAGCAAGCAUUAUCUCUCAGUGUACCGGAGCUUGGCGGCCAUCUGGAUCCUCCUGGGCCUGGCGUGGCUCGCGCUGGUGCUCCCACUCGGCCCCCUGCUUCUGCGCAGGUGCUCCCAACUCUGGCUGCUCAGCAGGAGUCUUGGCCUCAAGGAAAGAGGAGUCUCUGAGACCCAUGGACUCCCCAGACCUUCAAAGAUUCCCAUCUCUGCAUGAGGUUCCCCCGGGAGCCCUUCUGAGCUUCCCCAGCCACCCCAUAUGCCCUCCGGAUUUCCUGCCCCACCUCCUCCUCUGCCGGUCCACUCACUUCCCAGCCAGGGCUGGUCUCAGGAGUUCCCUGAAGAGAGAAAGCAGAUAAGAGUGUCCAACAAGGUAACAGAAAGGAGAUACAGAGAGAGGGUGAAGACAGAUGUGUGUGAAGCCACACGUAUGCCACUGUCCCAGAGCCCUGUGCUUUUCCCCCUCAAAAGACUCAACCUGGAAAAGUGGAAUCCAGACAUGGAUCACUGUGGCCCAUUACCCAUUGUCCUCCCUGGCCCCCUCCCAGGAGACCUUAUACAUGACAGCAAACAAAGGGUGACUUUGUUUUUGCCUCAUUUGCUACCUGCACAAUGUGCAUUCAUCAGGAACAAUGGGCUCCCCCAUUGUGUGUCUCAGGCACUGUACCGGGCUCUGGAAAUGCAGCACCGACUGUUCCUACCCUCCAUGUGCAUUUCGUCGAGUGGAGGGACUGAAUAAGCAGAGAGGUAACUCCAACCUAGUGCCCAGGACAUGGUGAGAACCCACAGGAGUGUCACUCGGGGAGGGUCGGGGAGAAGAAAGGGCUGGUAGGAACUUUGAAGCCCUCUUAGUGCAAAUAGGAUGUCACGAAGCUACCCUGUGGGGAAGCAAGUUGCCACUUCCCCUGGCCCCAUGGUUUAGAGCUGACCAUGAACAAGGCUUAGGAGUUCAUGGGUAUCCAUCGACUCUCCUGGGCAUGGCCUCCCCUGGUCUCACACAGGUCAUCCCUUCACCUCAUCACCCCUUCUGAGUUCCUGUCUUCUCAGUAGUCUUUCCAAACACCUCCCAGGAAAAUGGAGAGUCAGCAGCUCCCAGGAGACUUCUAGGAAAUCAGCGCCAAGGAGGCUGGGCCCCCCCUUGGAAUGCACUCUGCGGCUCUGGCCCUUCUGCCAGACUGACCACUCUAGCCAGGAGGAGAAGAGAGAUUUAGACCAGUCCAUCCCAAGACCAGUCCAUCCCAAGACCAGCCUCACCAAGGACUGCAAACCUCAGCGCCUACCUCUCCCAGCAAGGCAGGCCCAUAGUGGCCAGGGACCUCUGGAUAGGGCAGGGGCAAGAAGGUGAAGCAGAGGCGAUCCCAGUGCAAGAUCAGGGAAGCCUCUGCAGCAGCCAGGAGAGCAGGGUGACACCCUAGGACUUCCUGAUGUGGAGGAGAGGCGUGGGACACUGAGGACCCCCAUGGACGCCUGCCAUGCCCUGGGCCCUUCCUCCAUUCUGGAUGGGGGAGGAAGUUAGGGGGCCUCUUCAGAAGCAGGGAAUGAACAAGUCCAUUGUCGAGGAUCCUCUGCUUCCCAAGCCCAUGGACAAGUAGUGAUCAGCUGGGGUCCCUCCUUCUUGGAUACACAAAGAUGGUGUGGGGAAAACUCAGGGAGGACUUGACUGGCAGCAAGUCCUUGGCGAUAAUCCCAGAGUUGGAGGACUUGGGCGGGGGUCCUAAGACAAUAAACUUGGCUUC